UAUCUAAUAUUCUGCUGCUCAGGUGGUGUACGGAUGUCUGAUGGUGUUGAUGGUGAUGAUGGUGGUGAUCUUCGAGGACAAGAUGCAGCAGUUCAUUGAUCCUGAACACGUCAGCGCUUGGUAUGGUGGACGCUUUAGAUCACCUAAAAUCUGGAGCCAGCUGGUACCCGAGUUCCUUGGAGUAGAGAAGGACCUGGAGAAUACUGAUACCUAUCCUCGGGAGGAGAAUCAAGAUGGCGGAGGUCCUCGUGACAGUAAGCUGCUCGACCCACCAAAAAUUCCUUAUGUGAAAGAAAUGCCGAAAAAGUUUUUAAAGGCAGACCUCGGCCUUGACCCUGAAAAUCCCCCGCUGAAGAAGAUCUUAGUCUGGGUCAACGGGUACGGGUCGAAAGCAAUGUCAUUCGGCUUUGGUCGAGCGCCGUUCCAGAUGGCCGAGUGUGAGGUAGACACCUGCAUGGUCACUGGCAAUCGCUCCUUCGUGCCUGUGGAGGCGUUUGAUGCUAUCAUCUUCCACUUUAGGGCAAUGGAACCCCUUCAGUUACCAAAAAUAAGGUCUCCUCACCAACGGUGGGUGUUCUGGGAGGUAGAAUCAGCCUCAUACGUCUACCAGAACCCGUCACUCUAUAAUGGCCUCUUCAACUGGACCAUGACGUACAGAAGAGAUUCUGACAUAACCUUAUCCGAGAAAAAUAGAGCGCCAUCUUGGAUUGACAGGUACGGGCGUGCUAACGCGCUCUCUUCGUCACCUCUGACACCGUCACCAUCACCACUGUCAUCAUCAACUACGGAGGAACCCAAGAAGAACUACGCCGCCGGAAAAACGAAAAUGGCUGCCUGGUUCGUCUCCAACUGCUUCACUCACUCGAGAAGAGAGAAGUUGGUCAACUUCAUGAAGAAGUUCAUCCCGGUAGACGUGUAUGGAAAGUGUGGACCUCUGAAGUGCUCCAGAGACAACCACCUCUUUGUGCUACGAGUUGCUGGAGAAGUUACAAGUUCUACUUCUCAUUUGAAACUCUCUCUGUAA